AAUGGUGAUAUUUUUUUGUUUGUUAGUGCUGGUCCAAUUGACCCUUUGGGCCGGUAAAUGUGUAGCUUUGUGUAGCUAAUGGUUAGGCUACUUUAAAGGACUUUUUUUGCCAAAACUGCAUGGACCCGUAACGUUUGGGAGGAAUAUGUACAAUGACCUGCGAGUAGUUAUGUCCAAGCGAACGUAAAGUCAUUAUCUGAAAUCCCAAAUGCUUGAGUUAACCUAAUUGCACAUGGCCAAUAACAGUGACUCAGCUUCUGAGAUUCAACAUACCAAAGAAGGAGUAAAUACACCACCUCCUUUUGUGCAGAUCGAUGUUAAUCCACUAGGAGUCCUCAACAGUGUUCCACAGUAUUCUGAGCCAGCACUGGAGUCUGGCAUUCAUGUCCUACCUUCACAGUACAGUGAGACCACGUUCAUCCCUGAUCUGCCUGAAGUUUUAGGCCCAAGCACACCUGUUAGUGACCCUCAGUCAGACAGCCGCAGCAUAAACUCUGAACUCUAUGAAAACUAUGAGAACAUUGACAACUUCCCAUCCCUUGGUCAAGAGGCCCCUGGCAACAGUGUGUACAGAGAAGAACAUGAUGCGGAUCCACCCAGCUCCGUGGACCCCAGUAGCCAGGAGGUCCUACUGAGGAUAAAGGAGCAGGCCAGUGCCCAUGUCAGGGCCCAGAAGAACCAGCACUUCAGGGACCUUUCUCUCAAGAAGCUCAAGUUGCAGCAGCUCCUCCUGAAGCUGGACACCAUAACAGGCUCCGAGGAUCUCCUGUCUGGGUCGCAGUACAGUCUGGAAGAGGAGGAACUACUGAGCAUGGGGGAUUCUGGAGUGGAGGGCAGGGCACCACUGGGAUCUGAGGACAGACAGAGAGAAGGUGAAGAUGAGAGUAACACAGAGGAUAGGGAUGGGUGUGACCAUGCUAUGCACAGGUCUAGACAAAUGAUGCACAGUUGUUGGCGUAGAAUCUUCCAGGCUAUCGGCUUCCCAUUAAGCUUCACCUCUGUGCUCAUCAUAGAAUUGGUCAGCUUCAUCUCGCAGUAUGUUGUUGAGAUGUUGAUAGUGGGACUAGUCACAGUACUUGGGAAGCAGAUGAUUGCACCCUUGUUUGGUACACUGUACAGCCAUGUCAUCCAGCCACUGGCCAGGCUUCUCAUCAACAUAUCAGUGGCUGUCAGGAACAUACUCAGGCCUCUGCUUGCCAUCGUCAGAUACGCUAUUCUACACGUUGCUCUGCUCGUCCAAUCAUUCAGACUUGUGGAAGUGUACAACGCUGCAGCUCAGAGGCCCCACAGCAGACAGGAUGUGUGAUUCAUGAAGUGCCAGCUCAUUUGGAAAGGCAAUUAAAAACCACAAUCCAAAGAAGAUCCAUGUUAAAUUAAAUUACUUAUUAAUGAAUAAUGAGUACCCUCCUCUUACUU